AUGAAUAUGUCAGUGUGUUGGUGCGGUAGUUUGUUUAUUGUGCGUGCUGACGUAAAACGGUCUCUAUUUCCAAAAGCGCAAGGCGCCCUAUGCUAUGUAGGUCGGCGUCCUCGUCGCUGUUUGUCUAUCGAUCUCCGAGGUGGCCAAUGGCAUAUGUCCUGCGCGGCCGUGCCUCGCCCCGCUCUGGUGAAAGCCGGCGCGAUGUAUCACGCUCGCAACGAGCAUCUAUAA